ACGCGCGUCGCAGGUUGGCCGGAAGUUGCGCGAACAGCAGGCUGUCAUCUGAGCUGCUAGCCGUCGGCUGCCCUAAAAACAAGUAAAAAUUCACCGAUAAAAGCGUCGCCAAGUGCAAGUCCAAACUAGCUCCCGUAGGAAUAUGGAUGAAAACGUGCUGACGACUCUGAAGCUGUUGAUAAUUGGCGAGAGUGGAGUCGGGAAGUCCAGUCUCCUCCUGAGGUUCACAGAAGAUACUUUUGACCCAGAGCAGUCAGCAACAAUAGGUGUGGAUUUCAAAGUAAAGACACUCGCGAUAGAUGGGAACAGAGCGAAGCUCGCCAUUUGGGACACAGCUGGACAGGAAAGGUUUCGUACCCUGACGCCCAGCUACUACCGCGGUGCACAGGGAGUCAUCCUUGUGUAUGACGUCACAAAGCGCGACACUUUCACAAAGCUUGAAAACUGGCUGAAUGAACUGGAAACCUACACAACACGCAAUGACAUUGUAAAAAUGCUUGUCGGGAACAAAAUCGAUAAGGAUGACCGUGAAGUGGACAGAAAUGAGGGGCUGAAGUUUGCUAGGAAACAUUCUAUGCUUUUUAUUGAGGCCAGUGCAAAGACCAAAGACGGCGUCCAAUGUGCCUUUGAGGAGCUUGUGGAGAAGAUCCUCCAGACUCCUGGGCUUUGGGAGAGUGAACACCAAGGUCAGAAGCUCCGUCUGGGGGACCAGGAUCAGGGCAGUGGCAGGGCAUGUGGAGGAUACUGUUCCAUACCCUGAAAGUGGACAGAACCAAAAAAAACACCAACCGGAUAGGAAUGACUACGGACCAGAAACAGAGGGGGAGAGAGGGAGAGGUGGGCCUGGAUGAGUUCUUAAAAGCUAAUUGUUGGAGUAGUUCUGUGAGUCGAAAGGACUUUGCUGUUUGCACACUUCCUUUUCAACCAUCAUCUGUCACAUGUCACUACUUUCUGUUUAAAACACGAAUGAAAGGAUUGUAAAAAAAAAAUAGCCUCUUGUCGAAGGAAGUAUAGUGUUUUAAAUUGACAUAACCAUGCCAAGUGUACGUCAUAGGAGUACAUGUCUGGUUUGAGUUUAUCUUAUUGGCAACAGUGAUUCUGUUGUACAUUAAGGCAUCAGGUUAAUAGUAUAGUGCCUAUAACAUGAACCAAUUUGUAGGUUAAAGUACAUAGCUUGUCAAAUUUUACUCCAAAUGAUUCCAUUAUAAUCAAUACAGAAGUCUCCUUAAUUCUUGUUUUAAGGAAAAAACUAGUUCCCUGCUUAUGCGUUGUGAGAUAUAAACGUUGCCUUCUCUGUAGCUGCAAAGUUAAAGUACAAAAUGUUCCACAGCGCAUAGACUUGCAAGCUUUAUAUUAUACAUAACACAUCACUUAAACGGAGCAGUGGUGGAAGAGACUUGUUAUGUGGAGUGUGUUUGCCUCCAUUUAACAACAAACUUUAACUGUCAUUAUGCAACCAGAACACUGUGAAUGCUAACAUAAGAAAUUUUACGAAGGACUCCUGUUACUGACACCUGUUUAUUUUUGUUUUUUGAUCCAAUUAUUAUUUGUUUGAUGAUGAUUUCCAUCAAAUUUCCUGUUGUGUCCCCCUCUUUCCAUGGAAAGACAAGCAAUCAGCUUUGUCUUUUAGGAUUCUCUGCAACCAAACCUGUCUUUCUUUUCUUUGCAUGUCUGAUCUGGACCAUAACUUCUAUAGCUAUAUGUCUGAAGUUUACAGUAUUAAGAGCACUUGCAAUAAAAUAUACUAUUUUGCUAACUUGAGUUCAACUUGACCCUACAUUCUUCUCCAUUUGUUUUUGCAGUUUCUGUGUGGUGUUGUGGUCUAUUUAAUGUCCCAAUGACUUGAAGGCAUUUCUCAUACAUUACAGUAUGAGAGCAUUCCCAAGACCUUUGUUUGAUGUAUUGUUUCUAUAAUGUUUGACUUCCUUCUUCCUGUUUUCAAUCAUGUUGACCUUUUCGCCCCUUUAGCCUUGUACUUUUUCCCUGUUGUUUUUGCUGUGCACCUAUUUGAAUCUUAUUUAGCAAUAUGUAAAAAUGAUAUUUGCCUUAAUAUUGAAUGGCAUCUGCUAGGGUUAUGGUCCAGUAACAUUUGUAUUGUUUCAAACUUAAAUAAAUGACAACCUCAAGAUGCCGUCA